AUGUAACAAGAUAAAUAAUAUGAAAACAUAUACUACUAGCCCAAAGGAAUUAUAAUGCAUACACGCCAAUCUGUUAAACCCUUCCUUUUACCAAAAACAGAAGCCAGCACACACCGCUUUUCCUAAUUAGAUUAUUUUACAGAACCCACAGCCAGUAUAGUAGAUCCUCAAGGACCUCAAACUGACCGAACGCAUGUCAGAAACAAUAGAUAACUUGUCAAAAAUAAUAAGGUUGUUACUAUCGAACCUGAAUCUAACAUAUUAAACGAGGAGAAGAAUAAAUUACAAACCAAGUUUAAUUUAUUAGACUCUUUUACUUUGAGACAUUCACAACAUCAUUUAUAAGGGAGGAAUGAUAUCAAAUAAGAAUUUUUCUAGAGAAAGUUUAGCCAAUAAAAACUAGGUUUCAAACUACAACAACUAGACGAAGAAUACGAAUCUAAUGUAAUUUUAAGAAGAAAUCAGUUCUUUUAUACUUCUUUAAGAAUAAAAGAUCGAUACUCACCUUUGAUUCUUCAAAUUAGAAUCAAAUAAGGUGAUCCGAACACAAGAAUGCGAAUAUUUGCUUCUCCUAAAUUCAUCCAACCUAAUCGAUUUAACGCUACUGUUGAAGUCAGUGGAAGAUAAUUAAAAUUUGCCUCUAAUUCUGAAAUCUUUCAAGAAGAAACCCUAUACGUUGCAAUUUUGGCCCUAAAUGAACUAUCAAUUGGCAUAAACAUUGAAUUUGGAAGACCUGCUACUAAAAGGGUUGUGUAGAGAGAAAGAAAAGAAAAAUCUAUCCACGAAUUUCCUCCUGAUUUAGAACUUUAAAUAGAAGAAAUUAUGAUGCGAAGAAGACUUCGAUAUGCUAAUUAAUAAAAUUAUGUUGAAUUAAAUAAAUGCUCUUAGAUGUCCCGUAGAAUUUAAGAAAAACCUCAAACUCCAAAACAAGUAGAGGUAAAGCAAAAAAUUAGAAGGAUGAAAACGGAGCAAAGUCUAAAAAGAGUAGCUUAGUUAUAAGUUCACGAUAUAGCCAGAUAAAUUCAUAGAAAAUAGUUAGAGAUGUAAAGAGAAAUUAAACAUCGAGAGUAUGUUUAAAAGACCUGGUUUAAAAUUGUUUGUUUAAUCAAUAUUUUAGCUCCUGGUAUCAAUGAAUUUAUAGAAAAUCAAAGAUAAUUAGUUGCUAAAAAUAUGAAAAAACAAAUCUCUUUAGUCUAGCUCUUAAAUAAAAUUAAGAAAAGAGUAGAAAGAUUUGGGCCCAAUUGUAAAUUAAGAACGAUCUUAUAAGGAAAAUGUUGCUUACAAUUAAUUGCAAAUAAUUCAAGAAUCAUUGCAAAAAAAAGAGCAUAAAAGAUAAUUACACAAAUGUUGUAAAACAACAUUACUUGCUUUAUUACUGAGAGCAAAGGCACUCAUGUUGUCAAUUUAAGUAAUGCGAAAAACCAUAUGAAGUAAAGAAAUGCGUGA